GUUUAAAAAAAACGGUGCCGAACAGCUUCCUCGCUCUGCCUACGGAUCAGGACGUUAGCUCUCUGCCAUGGCUCCAGCGUUUGCCUGCAGCUGCCACAUGUCCCCUGCCAUGAUGAUAACCGACUAAACUCUGGAACUUAAUAAAAGACUAGUGGCCUUAGUGCCCAUGCCCAGUGACCCCCCCUUCAACACCCGAAGAGCCUACACCAGCGAGGAUGAAGCCUGGAAGUCUUACCUGGAGAACCCCCUGACUGCGGCCACCAAGGCCAUGAUGAGCAUCAACGGUGACGAGGACAGUGCUGCCGCCCUAGGCCUUCUCUAUGACUACUACAAGGUUCCUCGAGACAAGCGACUUCUGUCUGUGAGCAAAUCAAGCGACAGCCAAGAAGACCAGGAUAAAAGAAACUGUCUCGGCACCAGUGAAGCCCACAGCACUUUGAUCGGAGGCGAGAACCGCGUGCAGGUCCUGAAGACUGUCCCUGUGAACCUCUGCCUCAGCCAGGACCACGUGGAGACCUCGAAGCGCGAGCAGUACAGCGUGUCCAUCACCGAGAGCCCCGCCGUCAUCCCGGUGUCGGGCAUCACCGUGGUGAAGGCCGAGGACUUCACGCCGGUCUUCAUGGGGCCCCCGGUGCACUAUCCUCGCGCCGACGGCGAGGAGCAGCGCGUCGUCAUCUUCGAGCAGACUCAGUAUGACCUGCCCUCCAUAGCCAGCCACAGCUCCUAUCUCAAGGACGACCAGCGCAGCACCCCCGACAGCACCUACAGUGAGAGCUUCAAAGAGGGGGCCGCCGAGAAAUUCCGGAGUGAUUCCGUCGGUGCUGAAGAGUGCAUGUAUGACCAGACAGCGAGUGGGACAUUUCAGUACACCCUGGAAGCCACCAAAUCCCUCCGCCAGAAGCAGGGCGAAGGCCCCAUGACCUACCUCAACAAAGGACAGUUCUAUGCCAUAACCCUCAGUGAGACCGGAGACAACAAAUGCUUCCGACACCCCAUCAGCAAAGUCAGGAGUGUGGUGAUGGUGGUCUUCAGUGAAGACAAGAACCGAGACGAGCAGCUGAAAUACUGGAAAUACUGGCAUUCACGGCAGCACACGGCCAAGCAGAGGGUCCUCGACAUUGCUGACUACAAAGAGAGCUUCAACACCAUCGGGAACAUUGAAGAGAUCGCGUACAAUGCUGUUUCCUUCACCUGGGACGUGAAUGAAGAGGCCAAGAUUUUCAUCACCGUGAAUUGCCUGAGCACAGAUUUCUCCUCCCAAAAGGGCGUGAAAGGGCUUCCCUUGAUGAUUCAGAUCGACACAUACAGUUAUAACAACCGCAGCAAUAAACCCAUCCACAGAGCAUACUGCCAAAUCAAGGUCUUCUGUGACAAGGGAGCGGAAAGAAAAAUCCGAGAUGAAGAGAGAAAGCAGAACCGGAAGAAAGGGAAAGGCCAGGCCUCGCAAACGCAGUGCAACAGCUCCUCCUCCGACGGGAAGUUGGCCGCCCUGCCUUUGCAAAAGAAGAGUGACAUCACCUACUUCAAAACCAUGCCGGAUCUGCACUCGCAGCCCGUGCUCUUCAUCCCAGAUGUUCACUUUGCAAACCUGCAGAGGACUGGGCAGGUGUAUUACAACACAGACGAUGAACGAGAAGGCAGCAGUGUCCUGGUUAAGCGGAUGUUCAGACCCAUGGAAGAUGAGUUCGGUCCAACCCCAUCCAAGCAGAUUAAAGAAGAAAACAUAAAGCGAGUGCUGUUGUACGUGAGGAAGGAGAACGAUGACGUGUUCGACGCUCUGAUGCUGAAGUCGCCCACGGUGAAGGGCCUGAUGGAAGCGCUGUCUGAGAAGUAUGGACUGCCCGUGGAGAAAAUCACAAAGCUUUAUAAGAAGAGCAAAAAGGGCAUCCUGGUGAACAUGGACGACAACAUCAUCGAGCACUAUUCGAACGAGGACACCUUCAUUCUGAACAUGGAGAGCAUGGUGGAGGGGUUCAAGGUCACGCUCAUGGAGAUUUGAGCCCUGGGGCACGGUUCCCCUGGACAGGAGCUUCCCUUCAGUGCCCUCCUCCCCGGGAUAGACUGCAUCCUGGCUGCCCCAGAACCUGGAGAUCCGUCUCACCCACCUCACAAGACUGUUACAAAGACUGCCGGGAAGGGGGCGGGGCCCAAGGCCCGGCGACGACCCUGUCAACUGUUUGACUCUUCUGCUUGCUCCUCCCGGUGGAGCCGAAGCCUGAGCCCCUCAGCAAAUUUUCUUUGGGUCUGGCAGGUCCUUAUUUAUUGCCCGUUAUUCCCCCCCCAGAGCCUGGAGCCCAGGCCCUCCAGGACUCCACAAGUUACUGAUAGCUCCCCUUCAAGGGAAACAAAACCAGUCCACUCAUCUCGAAGAGCCGGGGUGUGGGGUGAGAGGGGGCCCCCACUUCCCUGCCCCAAACCUCCAGAUAGCUCUGAGGAAGGUCAUUUUACUAAAUACCUCCAGGGGUUCUCACAGCCAAGCAGCCACUGGGCCUUGUAGUACAGGAAGACGUUCCCACACCAUGUCGGUGAUAAAGAUAAGGAACACAAAGUCUGCCUGAUGACCGUGUACAUAUUUGGUACAUAGUAUCGCAAUAAUAUAUUUUACCUGUGGUGUGUGGGCGUGUUUACUGCCACUGGCCCGGAGGAGACACAUACCCAGACACUCGGAGAAUUCAAGUGGCCCCUUGGGGUGUCGUGUGACCGUGGUGAAUGCCAGGAUGGACUCUCCAUUGGGCCAUGGCUGAGGACGUGUUUCCCCGUUCCCAGAGGGAGCCAGCCCCUUUUUCCUCAAAUGUGGCGGACUCCCUUGAGGCCGGCACAUUUUAUCUCAUGGUGAUGUCCCUGGGGGAAAAGGCCGUAGGGUCAGUGCCUUGUUUCGCUUUGGUGUCGGGCAUCUUAAGCCUUUUGCAAAGUUGCUGCAGGGGGUGACACCGGGGCCCUGUGCCUGGGACCUGCUGCUUGACCAUCGUGGGGACCCUGGACAUGGUAGCGCCUCACAGUUUACACGUGUGUCCUUCAUCUCAAGUGGCCCCUUUGGAAACGCAGCGUUGCGGAGUGAGCCAGAAGCUUGGCUGGGCUGUGAUACUGCAGCAGACGUUGCUUCCGGAGACUGGAAGAGGUCGGGGCUAUCGGCGCAGGCUGUGGGAAGCCGGAAGAGCCCCCGGCACUUCUAAAACCAGCUUUGGGAGGCACACCGGACAGCUGAGGCUGCUCCCCUCCUUACCCUUUGGAGGUCAAGAGAAAAUUGAACAGUCAGAAAGCAUGCCCGGUCAUGGGCCCCUGCUUACGGACUUGCAUGUGCCCCCGUGGGCUGAGUACUAGUUUGGGUGGCCAGGCGCACCCCACUCUAAGGCCUGGAUGAUUGGGACAGCUUCCAUGGAAAGGUCCAGGUUUGUCUGUAAAGCACUUUGAUGUCUUACCUGGAGGCUCCGUCCUCGGCUCCUGCCUUCUUGCCCCUUCUGCCCCUUAGGCCCGGAGCAACCGAGGUUGGCACGAGACCAGCUACUCCUCUCCAAAGCUGGAGACAGACUGAACGGGAUGGAGAGUAUGUGAAGAGGAUCCCAAGGGCUCCCAGGGACGCCUUUCUGAGAGCCCCGGCAGGCGCCCCUUGUCCUUGGUGUCGCCAAAGGUUUGCAUCCUGCGUUCAGCCGGGCUCCAGCCCUCUCCUCCACUCCAAACGCCAUUCCUAGAACCAGCAGCUUGGGGACCCUCUAGGGUACAGGCAGGAAUCUGAUCUGAGAUGGACUAACUCUAUUGGACAUUUAUAUGCUCUUCAGCGCCUGGGGUUAGCUCAAACUGUGAUUGGCUGAUCUUCCAGAUGCACGCUGGGGUCGCUUGUGAUAGGCAUCUCCGAACAAGGGAUAGAAGCCAGAGUCACAAGAGUGACAGUGUCAGGUCCUGGAGUGUCCCUUGGGGGACUUCGGUGUGUCUGCCCCUUGCUGUGUUAGCAGAGCUUUGCCGAGUCAUGUCUUGAACAAAAACACUCCGGCAAGAUAGAAAAGCUUGCCUUGACUUUGUGCCCUGAAAAAUCUCACCCAAGUAAAGUUUUUUUUUUCUGUUUUGUUUUGUAAUCCAUAAAAGGUGGGGGAUGCAUGAGGCCAGAAAGUGUUUUCGGUCCCAUGACCUCACAUUGUUGAAACUUCCCUGGUGUUUAGAAUUUGGAACAGGCAGAAAAAUACACAGUGGGCUGUCAUGUUGCAAAUUGGUUCUUAAAAAUAUGUCCUAAUGCAGGAACCUGGGAAGCAUGAAAUGAGUUAAAACAUUUAUUUUUUUUCCUUCAUAUUUAACAGUCAUGGAAACGCAAGAGGAAAAGAGGGGUUUGUGCCAAAUUCUAAGAAUGGCCCUUUCUGAAAGAUGAGGAAGGGGAGAUUAAUAUGCAUACAGUUCUGCUCCCACAUUUAAAAAAAAAAGAGUAAAUGUAACUUAAUAGUUUUGUAAAUGGGAAAGGGGGAAUCUAUAAACUAUAAAUAUGUUAUUUUAUUUUUUUGUACAUUUUUAAGAAGAAGAAAAAAUAAAUAUUCGUAACACGUGUCAA